CAUAUAAAUAACUCAUUUUAAAUAUUUGAAUAAGAAAAGGUUGUCGAGAAAGUAAGAAAGAAAAAAUGAAUGUUGCGGGUCCGGAUCAGGCUGCUGGAUGGGUUAUUGCGCUGGCUUGCUUUUUCAUCAAUUUUAUACUGGCUGGCCUGGCCAGGUCAGCUGGGGUUCUCUAUGUGGCCCUCAUCGAAUUGUACGGGGCCAGCAGAGAAGCUGCUUCCUCACCUUUCAGCAUCCGGGUCUGCGUCAGGAACAUGAGCGGACCUCUGAUCGGAUUGUUAGGCCAAAAAUAUGGCAUCCGGAAAGUGACUACUCUGGGAGGAUUUGUGGCUGGUUUAGGGAGCAUAUUGUGUUAUUUUGCCCCAAACAUCACCUACAUCACAUUGUUCUGGGGAAUCAUACACGGUGUCGGAUUCGGCCUAUCUAGUGUGAUACACAUGAUGAUCAUCGGCCAAUACUUUGAUAAAUACAAAGCAUCCGCACUAGGCCUAGGGUAUUCAGGUGAUUGUUUUGGAUCAUUUGCCUUUCCCUCCAUUAUAGAACUGUUACUGAAAAAUUACGACAUCAAAGGGACAUUCCUAAUUCUAGGAGGUAUAGUUUUGAAUGUCGUUCCAAUGGCUAUGAUACUGAAAAAACCUCCAUGGUUGGAAUCGGACAAAAAGAAAGGUACAUUUCAAAGAAACAUCUUAGAUCAACAGGAAUUUCAUGUAGAAAUCGUUUCUAGCGAUAAAAACGGUUUGUGUGACAAAGGCAUUCCAAACGAAGCUUUUGAAAGUUCGAAUGAGGGUCUUUGCGAGACUGCAGGUGGGGAAGAGGACGUUACCUCUAUCCAUUCGAACAAUGCUGUUCCAUUUCAGAACCCCUCCAGGGUGUACAGGCCUAGUUUGUCUUCGUAUUCUUCUCUUCGGAGUCAAUGCAUCCGGAAAAAAACCUCCGAUUCGUCAGAUUCUUGUCAAGAGAACACCGAAAGACGUGGCUCACUACCACCGUUAUUCGAAAAAGAAGCUUUUAGCGUAAAUCACCAACAACAGAAGGAACCAGAAAGUAUCAUCCAGGAAGAGGAUGAAAAGGGCGACGGGAGAAAAAGUAGAACCACUUCCAAUUUAAGCCAACUGGCCUACGACAUUGUACAUCGCGUGAGGACUGCCAGUUUUGCAAGUCAAUGCACUCAAGAUGGAUAUGUUCCUGCUAUAAAUAACGCAGACUGCACCCGUGACAAUACUGACGAGUUGACCCUAAAACAACAACCAAUUGACGAAAAGCCUCCAGAAGAGGAAAACAUGUUGAAGACGUUGAUGCGAACGAAUGCCAAACCGAUUUUCGUCCUCAUCAGCAUGUCUUUGGCUGUCUACGUCUUUCUUUUUAUCGGUGUCUUCACCGUUAUCAUAGAUUAUGCAACGGACUAUGGCAUUUCCCAAGACGAAGGAAAGUACCUCAUCAUAGGCUUUUCCGUGACUGAUCUUAUCGGCCGACUCAGUUUCGGACAAGUGGUGGACAGAAAGUUGUUGAAGACGAAAAACUAUGCGGGGAUGACUAUGGUGCUGAUGGGGGCUUCGAUGGCCAUCAUGCCUUUCAACAGAAGCUUCUAUUUCAUGAUGACCUGCAUGUGUGUGUGCGGUCUGAUACAGGGAGGGACAGCUAUUAUGUUCCCCAUUCUUGUCACCGAAUACAUGGAAAAGAAUGAAGAAUCCAUCGCUAUGGGGUGUCUGAAUUUCUAUGGAGGACUUCUUAUGUUGCCUUUAUCAUCAAUGAUAGGUAAGUACAUUUAUUAUUAUUUUUUAAAUUUUACAUGACUAUUCUUA